UGUAUACAUCGAAAGCAUAUUUCCUUUCAGAAUCUCACAACUUCAUUUUCAACGUGAUCUCAAUGCUUUUGAAGAAAACUAGGGUUCUUUGUCUGUGUUUUUCAUAAAGAGUUUCUGGUUGUUGUAGUUGUCUUCAUUGUUUUCAGGUUGGUCUUGUCUAGUGAAGUAAUAUCACCUUAAUUGCAGUUAUUUUUAAGAAUGUGACGGUUGUGGAUCCUUCUCCAAUUAAUGUAAAUGGAAAAUAAUCAUCAACAUAACAAGUGUUAGUGGAGGCCAAAUGCAAAAUGUCACAAAUGUGAUCAAUCAGGACAUGGGGAAAAUGUAUGGAAAUCCCAAGAUUCUUAAGAAGAUGUCAAGAUCGUAGAGCAUGAAUAAGACAAGAAAAGAUGUAGUUUAGAUGCAGCAUGGCUUCUCCAGUCGGGUGUUGUCAAUUCCUGACAUCGUCAACUCGUGCAAAGGUGUGGCUGAAGAAGCAAUUCAUUCAACUGUACUUGUACGAGACAAGAGUUGCUGAACUAAAAGAUGUUGUGGAUAAGCUCGAGAAGAAGAAAGAUUCUAUUCAACAUACAGUUGACGAGGAAGAACGUCGACAUGGAAGAAGAAUUCACGUUGAAGUUAAAGAAUGGAUGGACAGAGUGAAUAAACUCAUUCUCGCAUAUAAGGAUUUCGAUAAUGACGAAAUAUACCAUAAAUGUGCAGUGUUUGACUUUUUCGACAGUGGUUACCUUCCGAAGCCAGGAAUAAGGUAUCGUCGAAGUAGAAAAGCAUAUGAUAUCACAGAGCAGGCAAAUGAGUUAUUGCAAAAUGCAAAGUUUGACAUUUUCUUUAAUUGGUCUGGCCCACCCUCUACGGCUGCCUUUUUUUCCAACCUUGGUUAUGAAAGCUAUUCAUCAAGAAAUGACACUGUGAAAAACGUUAUUGAUGAAUUCCAAAAGCCGGGUGUUAGAAUGAUUGGUCUUUAUGGUUUAAGUGGCGUUGGCAAGACCUCUUUAGUCAAAGAAGUUGUAAAGAAAGCCUUAAAAGAUAAGAUGUUCGAAGUGGUGACCAUGGCAAGUGUGACAAAAAACCCUGACAUAAGAAAAAUCCAAGGACAAAUUGCUGAUAUGUUGGGGGUUGUAUUGGAGGAGGAAAGUGACAUUGCAAGAGCUGCUAGGAUACACCAGAUAUUGAAUGAUGAGAAUAAGAGCACGCUCAUAAUCCUAGAUGAUCUUUGGGAAGAAGUUAACUUUAACUUGCUGGGGAUUCCACAUGAAUUAGAGAAAGAUGAUGAUGUAACCAUUGACAGAAGAAAAUCACUAGAUGUUGAUAUCUUGAAGAAUGUCAAUGAUAGAAAAUCCUCUGACCUUGAUGGUUCGACAAGUUUCCGUAAAGGAAUGCUACACGGUGUUGGUGGUUUGAAGAAUAUCAAUGAAGGAAAAUCACAUGUUGAUGCUUUUGAUGUGGUGAAAACAAAAAAAAAUGUUACUCAGUACAAGGGGUGCAAAAUUUUGAUGAUUUCUGAAAUCAAACCAGUGUUAUUAAGUCAAAUGGAAGGGAAAGAAGAGAGUAUUUUCCCCGUGGAAGCCUUAAAAGAGAACGAAGCAGAGAUGUUGUUCAAGAAAAAGGCUGGAAUAUGUGGCAAUAAUUAUGAAUAUGACAAAUUAGCAGCUCAAAUUGCCAGCAAGUGUAAAGGGUUGCCAAUGACAAUAGUUACCACUGCAAGGGCAUUGAAAAAUAAAAGCCUUUCCGUAUGGGACGAAACUAAUCGAAAACUUGAAUCACAAAAUUUAGCUAGAGCACCUGAAUUUUCUACUAAGUUGAGUUAUGAGCUUUUAGAAGAUGAGGAACUCAAGUACACUUUUUUGCUUUGUGCUCGCAUGGGUCAUGAUGGAUUGGUUAUGGACUUGGUGAAAUAUUGUAUUGGUUUUGGUUUUCUUCAAGGAAUCAACACUGCAAGGCAAACCAGAGACAAAGUAUACAUGUUGGUUGCAAAGCUAAAAGAGUCAGGUUUGCUGUCUGACAGUUAUUCAAGUGAUCAUUUCACCAUGCCAGAUACUAUUCGCACUGCAGCUUUGUCAAUAGCAUAUAAAGAAAAUCAUUUAUUUACAAUGACAAAGAGAAAAUUAGAUGAAUGGCCCAAUAAUCUUGAAAGGUAUGCUGCUAUUUCCUUACAUCAUUGUGACUUCAUUGAAGAGUUUCCUGGGAGAAUAAACUAUCCAAGACUUAGAGUCCUUCAAAUUGUCAAUAAUAUUCCACGCCCGAAAAUACCUGAAAAAUUCUUCGAAACAAUGAAAGAACUCAGAGUCUUGAUAUUGACUGGUAUUCAUCUCCCCCUCGUUGGUUCUUCAAUUUCAUCCUUGCAUAAACUUAGAAUGCUUUGUUUGGAGCAAUGUUGCAUGCUAGAUAAGGAAUUAUACAUCAUAGGAGAGCUGAAAAGGUUAAGAAUUCUAAGUUUUUCAGGAUCUGAUAUUGAAAGUUUGCCAGCUGAGUUGAAUGAGUUAAAAAUGCUACAAAUUUUUGACAUAAGUAAUUGCUCUAAACUUAAAAAAAUUCCAAAUGGUGUCAUAUCAAGCUUGGUAAGUCUGGAGGAGUUGUAUAUGAGAAAUACCUUGAUUCAAUGGGAGGAUGAAGAGCAAACACGCCAAAGUAAAAUAACUCUACUUUCUGAUUUGAAACAUUUGAAUCAAUUAACAACUCUAGACAUACAAAUCCCAAAUGUUUCCUAUUUGCCAAAGAAUUUGUUUUUUGACAAGUUAUUUAGUUACAAGAUUGUUAUUGGAAAUUUGAGUUCAGUUUUAGAGACUGAUUUCAAGAUGCCAGAGAAAUAUGAAACGUUGAAAUUUUUGGCAAUACAAUUGAAAAAUGGAUCUGACAUUCAUUCUCUAAAAGGGAUCAAAAUGUUGUUUGAAGAAGUUGAAAAUCUGUUCCUAGAACUUAAUAGUGUCCAUGAAGCCCAAAAUAUUGUCCACGACCUUUUUUAUAGAUUGAAUUUAAAUGGAUUUCCAUAUCUUAAGCAUUUAUGGAUGGUAAAUAAUUCUACCAUUCAAUCUCUUAUCUAUCCAAAGGACAGGCAGCUCUCUGAGAUAGCUUUUCCAAAAUUGAAGUCAUUAUAUCUCUAUAAUCUCAAGAUAGAUAAAAUAUGCUCUUGUGAACUUUCAAAACCCUCAUUUGGUAAAUUGAAAGUCAUAAAGAUCAAUCUUUGUGGAGAAUUGAAGAAUGUAUUCUCAAUUUCCGUGGUUGGACUUCUAAAAGUUCUUGAAACAAUUGAAGUUUCUGAAUGUAACUCUUUGAAGGAAAUCAUCGAUGUGGAACCACAAAGCGACCCUGAAAAAACCGAGCUUCAUAUGCUUCCUGAAUUACGCUAUUUGAAGCUACAAUCUUUGUCUGAGUUUAUUGGGUUUGAUGCCAUUCCUCACAUAGAAGGAAACGAAAGAAAACUCUUCCACGAAAAGGUUGCAGUUUCAAAAUUAGAGAGACUGGAGUUGUCCUCAAUCCAGAUUGACACAAUAUGGAGUGUCGACCCAUCUUCAAAAAGAUUAUCUUUUGAAAGUUUAACACAUUUGGAUGUGAAUGGUUGUUGGAAAUUAAAAUAUUUGAUGUCAUUUACAAUGGCCAAGAGUCUGGUGAAUCUUCAAAGCCUUUAUGUAAGUGACUGUGUGAAGAUGGGAAGCAUCUUCCUUGAACAAGUGAUAGAGAAGGAUAUUACGGGUAGCAUCUUUCCAAAAUUGAAGAAUAUGAAACUUCGCAACAUAAAGAGUUUGAGUAAGAUAUGGUAUCCGAAACUCCCUUCAGGCUCCUUUAACAAACUAGACACUCUGAUCAUUGAGGAAUGUCACAGACUUGAAAAUGCAUUGGAUGGAAUAUUUGGGAGUCUAUGCAACUUGAGAAUUACAAAUUGCAGGUCCAUGCAAGCAAUAUUUAAUAUACUUGACCAAGUUGGGGAUGUAGUUAAUAACUUGCAAGAUGUUCAUUUAGAAACACUCCCUAAAUUGAAGCUUGUAUGGAAAAUGAAUUAUAAAGAUGGAGUUGGGAUUCCUAAGUUUAACAAUCUGAAAAAGAUAUGGGCUCAAGAUUGUGACAACUUGAAAUAUAUAUUUCCAUUUUUUGUAGCCAAAAGUCUUCAUAAUCUUGAAUUUCUUGUGGUUUGUGAUUGUUAUGGGUUGAGUGAAAUUGUUGCCGAAAGGGAAGUUACCAACACGGAUGAAGUCAACUUUAACUUUCCCAAACUAAGCAUCGUCAAAUUUUCAGAACUGCCAAAACUUACGAGUUUUUGUCCAACGGCUUAUACAUUAUCAUGUCCAUUGAAAGAGCUGUCUAUUGAACUUUGUUACAAUCUAGAACCAUUCAACAACAAAACCGAUCAUGUACAUGAAUGCUUUCCUCAAAAGGUAAUCAAUAACUUGAAGUCCAUGCAAAUUGAGUUUUGGCAUGCAAAGUCACCAAGCAGUUAUAUAGGUAAAGUGAACCAUCGAAGGGAUAACUUAGAAGAGCUUUCCUUAUCAAGAAUAAUGGAUACUGAGAUUUUAUAUUCUUUCCUACAUAGAAUUCCUAAUUUGAAAAGCCUUUCACUGAAUAAUUGUUUCUUUGAAAAGAUAGUGCCUCCAAAGGAAGAUACUGAAUUUGAGAACUUGGGAGUAGUUCCAAAUCUGAAAAGAUUGAUGUUGAUAGACUUGCCGAAUCUCAUAGAGAUAGGCUUUGAACCAGACAUCAUUCUUGAAAGAUUAGAGUUCUUAAUUUUGAAGAAUUGUCCUCGUAUGAUUACUGUAGCACCUUCCUAUGUAUCUUUUACUCGUUUGACCAAUCUUGAAGUGGUCAGUUGUGAUGGAUUGCAAAGUCUAAUGUCAGCAUCUACUGCAAAAGGUUUGGUUCAGCUCAACACCAUGAAGGUAGAGAAAUGUGAAUCCCUGGUGGAAAUAGUAAGAAAAGAUGGAGAAAAAUCUGACAGAGUUGUUUUUCAACAAUUGAAAGCCCUAGAGCUUGUUUCACUGAAGAAACUCAAGAGUUUUUGUGUCUCUGAUUGUGGCUUUGAAUUCCCAUCAUUGGAAAAAUUGGUAGUGAGUGCAUGUUAUAAUAUGGACAAAUUUUCUGAAACAGUCCCCAGCUCACCGAUUUUACAGAAUGUAGAUGUUGUACAUGGAAAAGAGAACAAACGAUUAUGCUGGGAAGGAGAUAUAAAUGCUACAAUAAAAGAAAUAUUUCGGGAAAUGAAAUUUUUUGAGGGCUUAGAGGAGAUGAGCCUCUCCCAACACCAAGAGCUACAAGGAAGCUGGCAACAUGGAGUUGGUCUGCAAGAGAAAAAUAGCUGGUUUUAUAGUUUGAAAAUUUUGAAGAUUGAGAACUGUGAAAUUCAACCAUGUGCAAUUCCAUCCAAUAUUCUUCCCUGUUUGAGGAGCUUAAAAGAACUACAUGUACAGGCCUGUAACAAUGUAGAGGUAAUUUUUGAGAUGAAUGUUGAAGAGGGAACUGGAACAACAUUCAACUUAGAGAUAUUGACUUUACAAAAGCUACCAAAGCUUAAGGAUGUGUGGGAAAGAAAUGGUAAAGGAACCGAGAGUUUUCAAAAUCUAAAGCUAGUCAAUGUCAGUGAAUGUAAAAACCUGCAAAGUGUGUUUCCUUUGACCUUGGCAAAAAAUCUUAAAAAACUUGCCGAACUUCAAAUAACACGUUGUCAUGUAUUGCAAGAAAUUGUUAGAAAGGAAGAGGACACAACAACGGUGUUUGCGUUCCCCUGCUUAACUACAUUGCAUCUAGGUGAUCUGCCAGAGCUCAUUUACUUUUACCCACAAUCUUUUACUUUGGAAUGCUCUACAUUAAAUAGCUUAUUCGUGUGGAAUUGCCAAGAGUUGGAGCUAUUUGGAAGUGCUUAUAGACAAUUAAUUUUCCUUGAUCUAAAGAAUAUUUUCAACCUUGAGGAACUAUUACUUGACUGGGAACACACAAUGGUGUUAACUAAGUUGGGAAAAUCUAUGGACAACCUCAACUAUUUAAAUCAUAUUCAGUUGUUCUUUGAUGCUGAUGAGAAUGAAAGACCUUAUUUUCCCAUUCAAAUACUCCAGAAGAUGCCCAAUUUAACAGAUAUGGGUAUAUACUAUUGCAGUUGCCUCGAGGUAUUCCAAACUAAAAUCUCGGAAAUUGCUGAAAAAAAGGUGCUUACAAACUUAGAAACAUUGACACUGGAUAAUGUGUCAAAACUCCAAUCUAUUGGGUCGAAGGACUCAUGGUUAAACGUGAUUUGUGACAGUGAAAAGCUCCAGCACUUAUAUAUUAGCAAUUGUCCUGAUUUGAAAACUUUGGUGCAUUCUACUCCUUUAGUGUCUUUCACGUAUGUGAAAGAAAUGUACAUACACAGAUGUCAGGAAUUGAAAUAUUUGUUCACAUUAUCAUCGUUGAAAAAGUUAAAGAACCUUGAGCAUAUAGAAGUCAGUGACUGUGAAUCAAUGGAAGUAAUAGUCUUUAAAGAACGAGAUGACACUUCAGAAGAGAUCAAAUUACAGCAGCUAAAGAGCAUAAAUCUCAUUCGUUUAUCAAGCUUGAAAUGCUUUUAUUCAGACAAUGACACUUUGCGGUUACCCUCCUUGAUGCUAGUGGACAUAUGGAUAUGCCCCAAGAUGAAGUUUUUCUCUGGAGGAGUGAUACACCUGAAUUCUUCUUUCAAAGGAACCCUAGCUUCAAACGUCUCAAGUGAUGACUUGGUCUUCUGUCGUGAUCUUAACUCUUCGGUAGAGAAGGAUUCCCUACAACUGGAGUUUUUUGAAGCCGUGGACAAGGAGUGCUUUUCUGAUAAUUUUGAGCUACAAGUAGACCCGCUUUGUAAAAAUGGUUUGCUAUACAAAUGGUUGGUCAAUUUGGAAACUUUGAAGUUGCAGAACUGUAUGCUAUCAUAUGCAAUUCCAUCUUCUAUUCUUUCUGCUUUAAAGAAUUUGAAAGAGUUAGAAGUACGAGAUAGCAAGCAAGUAAAGGCAAUUUUUUAUAUAAAUGACGACACUGACAUUAAAGAAACAGAACUCCAAUUGAAGAUAUUGACUUUAGAUGGGCUAUCAGAGUUGACGCAUGUGUGGAAAAAUGACACAAACAAAAUUCUCAUCUUUCGAAAUCUACAAGAGGUUGUUGUUAGUGAUUGUGCAAAGCUGCAAACUUUAUUUCCUGCUUCCUUGUCAAAAAGUCUCAAAGAUCUUAAGAAGCUUGAAAUAUAUUUCUGUAAAAAUUUGCAAGACUUGGUUGAACAGGAAGAAACAACAUUAGUAACUGAAAAGUUUGUGUUCCCUUGUCUAGAGGAUUUGGAAUUCAAAGACUUGCCCCAGGUCACUUGUCCUAAAACAUUCACUCUGGAAUUCCCAUCCGUAAAAUUCUUAUCUGUGAGGAAUUGUGAUGAGCUAAGGUUAUUUCAAAGUGUAUAUGAUCCCACGGGUGAGGGUACUUCAAGCAAGACACUUCCUCUUAUCUCAGAUCCAAAGGUCAUGUCCAACCUGAAGAAACUGACUCUUGAUUGGAAACAAAUUUUGGCAUUAAGCUUAUGGUUUAAGUCACAGCAAACUACAGAAGGCCUCACAAAUUUAGACAGAAUUUCCUUGUGUUUCUUUGGAGCCAAGGAGAAUGAAAUGCCUAUGUUGCCCGUUGAAAUACUCAAGGCUCCAAAUUUAACAGAAAUGGAUAUAAUCAAUUGUGAAAGUCUCGAGAAUUUUCUUGCUCAAAACCCUAUGAUUGGCGACGAGGAGAUGCUGGGACAAUUAACAAUAUUAAUGCUAUACAAUGUGGCUACUACACAAUUAUUCGAGUUAGAGUACUCCUCAAGCUUAAACAUAAUGUGUGGGAGGCUGCACGAAUUAAAUGUUGUCCAAUGUCUUCAUUUGACAACAUUAGGAGUACUUUCUACUUCUACAGUGUCUUUCUCUUGUUUGAAAGAAGUGAGUAUACACAAAUGUCCAAACUUGAAGUAUUUAUUUACAACUUCAGCUGCCAAAAAGUUAGCAAACCUUGAGAAGAUUUUGGUGAUCAAAUGUGAAUCAAUAACAGAAAUAGUGGCUAAAGAGGGAGAUGCAACUUCUGAAGCUAUUAAAUUUGAGCGACUCCACGCCAUUCAUCUACAGUCUUUAACAAGUUUAAAAUGCUUUUAUUCUGGGAGUGACACUCUACAAUUACCAUCUUUGAAAUUUGUGGCAAUAUGGAACUGCCCCAACAUGGAGAUUUUCUCCCACGGAAUUGAAUCUCUUAUGGAAAUUACGUUAUCAAUGGACCAGGAAGCGGGCUAUUUACCCCCUCCACAAGAUCUUAACACCAGAAUAAAAGGGAUCUCACAACGAAAGGAGUUUUUUGAAGCAGUUGACAAGGAGUGUUUUUCUGAUAAUCUUGAGCUACAAGAAAAUCCGCAUUGUAAGUUUGGCCUGCAAAACCAAUGGUUGGGAGAUUUGGUUACUUUGAAGCUAAAGAAAUGUACUCUGUCAUGUGCAAUUCCAUCUGCUAUUCUUGCUCUUCUAAAGAACUUAAAAGAGUUGGAAGUACGCGAUAGCCCGACAGUAGAGGUACUUUUUUGUAUGAAUGACACUGAGAUUUUGGAAACAGCAUCCCAGUUGAGGUUUUUGACCUUAAAAAGGCUAUCGAAGCUUACACAUUUUUGGGAAAAGAAGAAAAAUGGAGUUCUCAUCUUUCCAAAUCUGCAACAGGUCGUUGUUAGAAAAUGUGAAAAAUUGGAAACACUAUUUCCUGCUUCCUUGGCAAAAAAUCUUAAAAGUCUCAAAGCAAUUAAAAUAGAAGAUUGUGCUAAGUUCCAAGAAAUUGUUGAAAAAGAAGAAGCCACAGAAGCAAAGUUCGUGCUCCCUUGUUUACAGAAGUUGGAUCUUUUCUGCUUACCACAACUCACUUGCUUUUACCCUCAAACAUUCACUUUGGAAUGCUCAGCCUUAAAUGAAUUAUCUAUAUUGAAGUGUGACAAAUUGGAGUUAUUUCAAAGUGCACCUUCCAUGGGUGAGGUUACUUCAGUCAACAGACAACCUCUUAUCUCAAGUCUAGAGGUAAUUUCCAACCUGAAAAUUUUGAAACUUGAUUGGAAACAAAUUCUGGCAUUAAGAUCAAGGCUCAAGUCUGAAAAGUUUACUGGCAUCUUCAAAUGUGUAAAUAAAAUGAAGCUAGUCUUGGACGGUGGUGAGAGUGAGAUGCAUGUAGUGCUCAAUGAAAUACUCCAUACAACACCUAACCUAAUAGAAAUGAUUAUGGGUAUAUACAAUUGCAAUAGCCCGGAGAUUUUCCUUGCUCAAAACCCUAAAAUUGCUGAGGAUGGGAUGCUCUUACAUUUAAGAAUAUUGGCACUAUCCUAUGUAUCUACCAUCAGGUCCAUCCAGUCACAGAACUCAUCAUGGUUAAACACAAUCUGCGAGAAGGUUCACGAUUUAAAUGUCUUCCAAUGUCGUCAUCUUGAAACAAUUGGAGUGCAUUCUACUUCUACAUUGUCUUUCUCUCUUUUGAAAAAGGUUGAUGUACUCCGAUGUCGCCGAUUGCAGUAUUUAUUUACAUCUUCAGUCGCCAAAGAGUUGGUGAACCUCAAAGAGAUCAUUGUCCAAGAAUGCAAAUCACUUAAAGAAAUAAUAGCCAAAGAAGGAGAUGAAGAAGGAGAAGGUGAAGAUAAUUCUGAAAAUGAGAUCAUAUUCGUGAAGCUUGAGAAGUUGAGUCUCGGAUCAUUAGGCAAAUUAGAAAGCUUUUACACGGGGAGUUGCACUUUGAAUUUCCCAUCCUUGAGAAAAGUGGAGGUCAACAAAUGCUUCAACUCCAAAAUUUUUCGUCAUCGUGAUAAAGUGCCUCCAAAAUUUACGGUGAUAAUAGAUAGAAUCGGUUGUAGAAGUGAUAAAAAACCUCUGAUCAUGCAACAAGUUGAGGAGGAGGUAUCCCGAGUUAGCUUGGUGACAACAAAUUCCCUUGACUUUUGCAGGGAAUCAGGGGACUCAAAAAAGGAAAUGAUAGCGACAUGACUACAACUAUCAACAAAUAGAGAGCUUUUUCUUUGUGUUGAAGUGCUGUGUUCAUGAAUAAAGUUUCCCAUAUACCUACAGGAAACAUGAAUGGUUCUCAAGAUAUUGUCAAUAAGUGUUCCUAUAUUCAUAAGGAGCAAAUGUGUGUUGCUUUUAAAUUAUAGGAAAGAUAGCGUGUUGCUCAAGGAGAUUUGAAUUGUUUAAAUUAUAAGUUGUUGAAUGUUUUUGUGUUAAUAAAUUUGACAUGAGUUUAAUUGUUGAGAAAGAUGCUCCGUGGAUAAGUUGGAAACUGAGCAUUGCAUCUCUGGACAUGUCGUGUGUUGUUUCUCUGCUAUAAGGUGUUUCAUGAACAAUACUGAAAUGUACUUGUGUGCA